CCGGUUUACCUAAACCGUCUGGAUCGGUUUAAACAACAUUGGUAAUCACUAAUCACAUAGAUAGCAGAGUGAAAGGGGAAGGAGAAGGUUGAAGCUCGUCUUCUCUGCAAAAUACAUUUCCUUGUUCGGUUUUAUCCACAGAUUUUCGAAUCCAUAGAGAAGAAACAUGAAGCAAUGUGAUCGUAGUCUAUCUCCUUUUGUUACUUCGUUAUCAUCUUCUUUCGUUGCUUCUGAAUCUGAUUCUGAAGAUUCUUUAUGGAAUGAUUUCACUUUCGAUUUCUCAUUCUUGACAUCCGAAGACCACAAGAUUUGUCCCAAUGAUGCGACCACUGUUCCUAAAGCGAAAGAAUCGGGGCAUUCGGUUUUUGGAGUUACUAGUAUAACUCCAGUAGCUAGGAGUGCUGACAUAGCUAAUGAUAACUCUGGUUUUGAUGGAGUAGAGGGACGGUUUUCUUGCGGUAAGGACGAGUCAGCUUGUUCGGGAAAGUUUCUGGUGAGAAAAGAUAGCAAUUGCAGUCCAGUCUUCUCUAAAGUGUCAGCGCCGCGGAUUGAAUGUACCAACGGUUCUGGUAUUGACAAGAAGAAUCUGUGCAGCGCCAACAGAAGUGUACUAUCUGAGAAAUCUUCGAUACAAGAUGACAUUGUGGGGGAUUCUUCUUGUUGGAGAAGAACACGGUCUCAUAACACUGUGGCAUUAGGUGUCAAGUCUUUGAAUUUCAGGCGUUUUAGCGAUGAUCAAAAUUGUCUCAAUGGAUUAAAUCCUUUGGCACCUCAGUAUAUACCCUCCAAUGGUAAGAAGAACCUAGACAAGAAUGGUAGAGUCUUUGAAGAAAAUUGUAGUUUUUCUGAAGCUGGCAUUGAACAAGGUUCCAACCAAAACACUAGAAGAAGCGUCCUUAUCCAUCAUGUAGAUGAAAGUUUGGGUUUGGUUUCUCAAGAGAGUCUUUCCAACACUAUGAGCGUGUUAGAUAUUGACAAAGAGUUCCAAAAGUCUACAAAGCUGGAUCCUUUGGCUCCUGUGUUUGUUCCUGCUUGUGCAAAACUAAGUGCCUUCGUUCGUGAGAAGCAUGGUGCAGCGGAUCACAUGAUAACUAUGGAGACAAAUGUUGGCUCAACUUCUGGCUUAAGUUCUUCAGACAAUAUGUUGCUUUCUAAUGUAAAGGUUGAGACACAUUCUUCAGAGGUCCACGGCAGUUUAAAGAAUCGAUACUCUAAUAAUGCUCAUGAAUGGGGAACAACAUUUUCAUUCAACCCUCAGCUUCGGUUUCAAGUUCAGAUUUCUGAGAAUACAAAACUGGAUAGGUCCAGCAACAAGUCUCGUGGUCGGAAGAAACUAAAUCCUCUGGCCCCUCAGUUCUCACUAGCAGAUAAUAAACAAAAAGUAUAUGGCUGUGAGAAAAAACAAGCUGCAAAUGAUUUACCGGCCAUGGGGAAUGGUUCCGUUUUGAUCUCUCCAAUUGGCUCAUCUUCAAGCGAUGUGAGAGCUUUAUCUGACUUUGGCGAUAGACACCGCUGUUCCACAUCAUCACCAUCUCCAAAAGUGGAUGUUAAGAAACUCCUUACGACGAUUCAUGGACUGUCAGAGUUGCUAACACAUGUACACAGUUCAGAAACUUCAGAUUUACCAAAUGAGCAAUAUCUUGAUCUCAUCAACUGUACUGUGCAGAAUCUCAACUCUUACAUCAAUAACAGAGUACAGGAGCAUACUGGGAAUCAUUCAAGCGCUGUUCACAGUUCAUGUGAUUUAUAUUCGUUGCCUUAUAUCCGUAAGAUUCGAUAUGUUCUCUAUAGCAAUCGAUUAGAGACCAUCAGCCACCAAAGGCGAAAAUUACGAGUGCCAGUGUUAAUGUUAAAAGGAAAGAGAAGUACUCCAUGGUCUCAGGGGAUAUGGUACCAGAUUCACAUUUUCAAUUUGGUGUGAACAAAGAAAAUGGCUUUGGCAAGGCUAUAGGGAAUCAUCAUCAAACAGAAGAGCAAAUCAAUCUAGGUGUGUUUUAAUAAAAGCUUAUGGCUUCAGGCUAAAGCAGAUAGGUCUUUGAUGGAAUACGAAAAACGAAACAUUUCUUUCAAAAGCAAGAUCUUGAGCAAUUAGUAAGAAGUUAUAAGGUUAGUGUGUACAAAUUCAAGCGGCUGAAUCUCACAGCACAGCCUUAGAGUCUAAGGUCUGUGUACGGAAUUUACGAGGCGGUGUUACGAGCUAGAGAAGUUUUGCUAGCGUGUGUAGAUAGAAAAGAGUGACACUCAUGUCAAUUCUAGAGAAAGACUUGAAUCUGAAUUAUGUUAUGUUGAAACGCUUUAUACACAAAUGUAGCUAGCUUUGUUUCUUGAAUCAAUUUUGUAUUUUGAAGCAACGUUUCAAUGAAUAUAUGUAAAGAGAUAACAACA